UUUUUGGCAAUAAAGGUAUUGAUCGACACAAUACUGGUUAGUUUUUGCAACGUUCCUUAUCUAAUUAAUCUGCCGCUAGUUACUUCUUGGAACGACGGCUUCUCUACUCCACCGCCUCUACCAACUGAUCAGCGUGCUUCUGACGUUACUCCCGAUAAUGGCUACAAACAACCAACAUCUCGAGUGCCGACUCCACAAACUCAAAUGCCAAAUGACCCAUGGCGCCCUUUGUCAACGAACCCUUACAUGAGCGAUGAACCUACCAUCGACUUAAUGAGAAGACACUCCUACGACAUGGCUGGUGGUACGAGUGAUCAGACCACUAGUGCUUUUACACCUGUCACUAGGGAGCCGCCACAAUCUCGGCAAGAAUCAACUCCUGUCCAAACUGUUUUCACGUUCACUUCCGAUGAUGGAACACGACUAAGUUGGAUGCCUAGUGUUUCUUUUGAGCAAGCAUCUGGUCCUACAACUUCCUUUUUGUCCCAGCCGUCUCCAAGUGUUGACAGCUCACAAGAUGUGAUGCUUCCAAACGCCGAUAUGAAUAACAUGAAGCGCUCAGCUACACCGGCAGAUUCGAAGUUCGAACUUGGAUAUAUCUACAAUGAUCGAGGAUCCCAAACUCCACAUCACCCACUCGUACCUAAUACUCCGGACGAAAAAGCACCCAAGCCCAAGAAGGCGCGUGCAAAAUCUCCAGCAAGCGAAGGUAUCGCUGAUGACAUGAAUGCGGAAGUCGACAGUGAUAACUGGCCAGAUAUGGCACCAAAAGAUGUAGAAGCUGCCCUUACAGAUCCAGAAGCUCGACCACGCCAACAAAAGCUUAGAUAUGCUGGAGACCAGUAUACUCCAAAGUGGGUACGUUACAACGGUCAGGCAAAGGAAGGUUUAUGCGACACUUGUACACCCGGCAAGUGGCUUCAGCUCAAAAACAGUGCAUUCUGGUAUCAUAAACAGUUUUUCCAUGGUAUUUCCUCAGUCUCAGGUAAAGAGUUUACCGAACCUAUAGAAACUCGUUGGGUCGACCAGGAUGUAAAAGAAGGACUUUGUCAUCAAUGUCACCAGUGGGUGCCCGUCAGUAAUGUGAAGAGAAAGAAUACCGUGCUGUGGUACCGCCACGCUCACAAGGUAAGGCUUGUAUUGAUACCUGACUGGUAUUUCAAUUUGGUUCUCAACCUCUUCCUUUGCAGUGCCACGUAUAUCACAAGCCAAAGGCGCCAGCUAAAAGACACUGAGGUUCCAAUAAUGUACAUACUCCAAAAACUUUUUCCCUAAUCGAUUCCUUUCUCUUCACCCUCCCCAAAAAAAUUAAAAAGAAUAACAAACUCUGCAUCUUGAUAUUUUAUUGCACAUCCCUUUUUGUAGAAACUUUCAUUCGCUUCAUUUUUGUAAAUGCUCCCACAAAUUUCUUCUUCCUUCCCUGUAUAAAUGCUUUAUAAAAGUUUCUGUGAAUAUGGUUUCGAACUCCUGCAAGAAACAAAACCUUGGCCUGAUUCCAAGGUGGCGAAAACACUAGUCA